GGAGUUAGGAUAUCCACUUGUAGAUUACAACGGAAAGAACGAAAUAGGAUUCUCAUAUCCGCAGACCACGAUCAUAAACGGCACUCGCAUGAGCAGCAAUAGGGCGUAUUUGAAACCCGCGCGCGAUCGCAACAAUCUUCGCGUAACUCUUGAGAGCAAAGUGACAAAAGUGUUGAUCGAUCCUAGUACAAAUCGAGCAGUCGGCGUAGAAUUCGUCAAAUAUAAUCAAACUAUACGUGUGUUCGCGAACAAAGAAGUGAUUCUAAGUGCAGGUACCAUCGGAUCAUCUCAAUUGUUGAUGCUUUCGGGUAUCGGACCAGAGAAACAUCUUACCGAACUAGGUAUAAACGUAGUCCAAGAUGCGCCUGUCGGCGAGAACCUUAUGGAUCACCUAACUUUCUUCGGAUUAACGUGGACAAUAAACGCAUCGAUAAGUUUAAUAAUACCCGAAAUGGUUAACCCUGUUAAUCCAUACCUAACGGAUUUUUUAAUAAACCGAACGGGACCGCUCACAAUUCCAGGUGGAUGCGAGGCCCUCGGUUUCGUAAACACAAAACGACCAGAAAAAUAUGACGAUCUACCGGAUAUCGAACUAUUAUUCGCUGGUGGUACAAUUAAAGAAGAUUAUAUUAUUCCAAAAAUGAUCAAUUUGAACAAAUAUAUACGUCAGGAAUGGGCCAAAUACGCUGACACGUAUGGUUGGAGCCUUGGGAUAGUAGUGUUGAAACCAAAAAGUCGUGGACGGAUAACGUUAUUGGCUAAUGACAUUAAUGUUAAACCAGAGAUCGUACCGAAUUAUUUCGAUGACCCAGACGAUAUGAAGACAAUGAUUGCUGGGAUUAGAACUGCGUUAAGUAUUGGUCGGACAAAGACGAUGCAAGCGUUCGAUUCUCAAUUGUUGAACAUUACUUAUACGGAAUGCAACAAUUACGAAUAUGACUCUGAUGCUUAUUGGGCAUGCGCGAUAAGGAUAAUGUCUUCCACGCUUUUUCAUUAUUCUGGGACUUGUAAAAUGGGACCAAGAGGAGAUCCAACUGCUGUCGUUGAUCCUAAAUUAAAGGUGAUCGGUAUUCAAGGAUUACGAGUGGCAGAUGCGUCCAUUAUACCCGAAAUUGUAUCGGCCCACACAAAUAUACCUAUUUUUAUGAUUGCCGAGAAGGCGGCAGAUAUGAUCAAGGAAGAAUGGGGUUAUUUAAAGAAGUCGCGAUAGAGGAUGCCCCGUAAAGACUGUAACAACACCUAAACGAUUCAGACGAAAAUUCUAAUACCAAAAUGUCGAGACUAUGAUAGUUUUUUAAUAUAAGCAUUUAAAAUUAAUGAAUUAAAAUUCGCACGCUAUGUGUGAUACAAUACAUAGUGCUAAAGCCGAAAACAGAUUAUUAUUCCUCUUGUUAAUAACGGUUACAAAUAAGAUGUUAUUAUUCUUAAUCUUAAAUUCAUAAGACAUCCUGUACAUAUAUUAUAGAAUAAUUAAUUUCUUAAGUCAGUUCCAGACCAAAUAAACAGCGCAAACGGACACAAAUAAACGAUUCAUGAAUAACGCUGCAAAUACAAAUUAAUCCAAAUAUAUUGGAAAACUCAUUCUCCUCUUGUCAUUACAUCAAAAGAAAAACGCAUGUAAAGUCUAAUUAAAAGAAAAUCGUAACAUUCACACUAUUAUCUAAGCAUUCUAUAUUUUGGGAGCUUUCCAGCAAGCGACAAAGGUCGACAUUAACGUCAUUCUAUCUUUCCUUUUUGACAAUGAGUAACAAAGACAAAACGGCACUUGUGUCGCUUGCUGAAAAGCUCCCUUUAUAGUUUAAAAUAAUCGGCAAGUAUUUUUUGCAAAUAUUUUGCAAGGUUUUAAAAUUCUUAAUAUUUUAUAAGUUUCUUUCUACUAUCACAUUGUAUUUCUUCUUAGUUAUUUUCAUAAACUAAAACAAAAUUAAAAUUAUUUUAGUGAAUUCUAUAAAAAAAUACUAUUUUAUUAAAUUACAUAAAAUAUUUUA